AUGCAUAUGCUUCAGGCACCAUUGGCCAUCCAAUAUCCGGAGUUUGGGGAGAAUGUUACUUUUGAGUUGAAGUCGGGUCUUGUUCAUUUACUGCCAAGUUUCCAUGGUUUAAAUGGCGAAGAUCCAAUCAAACAUCUUACGGAAUCCCAUGCUGUUUGUACUAGUAUGCAACCAAGGGGUGUUAAGGAGGAUCAAAUCAAACUGCGGGCCUUUCCUUUUUCAUUGACAGAUAAGGCUAAUGAUUGGUUCUAUCAUCUGAGCCCCAACAGUAUCAACACAUGGAGGGGGAUGAAGCAAGCUUUCUUUGAGAAGUUCUUUCCUUCAAGCAAGUUGAAUGAGUUUAAGAGGGCCAUUAGCAACAUUGAGCAAGGAUAUGAUGAGCUUCUUUAUGACUACUUAGAGAGGUUUAAGAGGCUCGUUGCUUGUUGUCCUUACCAUGGUUUUGCCGAGAAGGAUUUUGUGCUCUACUUAGUUGUUGGGCUCCUUCCGGAUGAGAGAAGGAUGGUGAAUGCUGCUUGUGGGGGUAACAUUGAUAACAAGACCCCACAACAAGCCAUGGAGCUCAUAAGUGAGUUUGCUGAGAGUUAUCGCACUUAUUCUAAGAGGAAUGCUACCCGGGGUGUUAAAGCUGCAAGUUCCGAAUCAUCUUUGGAGUCGGAGGUUUCCGACCUUAAGAAUAUGUUCCGGCAAUUCAUGACGAGUAACAAACCUCAACAAGGGAAAGCUUGUGGAAUUGGCUCCAAUACCGGUCAUCCUACCGAUGCUUGCCCAACCUUGCAAGAAGACACUCAAGAGGUGAAUGCUUUGGGCUAUCAAGGAAAUAGAAAGUAUGAUCCUUAUUCCAAUUCAUACAAUCCCGGUUGGAAAGAUCAUCCGGCUUUCAGUUACAAGCAAGGGAAUAAAAACUUUCAAGGGAAUCGAAAUUUUCAAGGGAACCAAAAUUUUCAACAAGGAAAUCGACCUCCUCCAUUCAAGCAACCAUAUCAACCUCAAGGGCAAUCAUCUAGCUCUAAAUCCAUGUCCACUGAAGAUAUGAUCAAAGCCUUGACUAAGAAUGUGACUACCAUGCAGUCCAAUAUGGUGCAAUUUCAACAAGAGACCAAGUCAAGCAUUUACAACUUGGAGACACAAGUGGGCCAAAUGUCUAGUGUCAUGAAUAGGCUUGUGGCCCAAACUUCUGGAAAAUUGCCAUCUCAAACCGAGGUGAACCCCAAGAAGAAUCUGAGUGUUGUGACAUUAAGAAGUGGCAAGGAGCUUAUUGAUCAUGCGCCCGAAAAGGGCAAGGUUGUGGAAGAGCAGACAAGAGUUGAAGAUGAGGAGGUGGAGGUUCUUACUCCUUCCAAAGAGGUGGAAGAAGUGGUGAGUCCUAGCUCUCACCAAGAGGUAAAAUCUUUCCCGGAUUACAAACCGACGCCCCCUUUUCCCGAUGCACUUAAGGACAAUCGUAAGCUUGAUUUAUCUAAGGAUAUUUAUGAAACAUUUAGCCAAUGUAAUGUGAAUAUUCGUUUGUUGCAAUUGAUUAAAACUGUGCCUUUGUAUGCUAAGUGGUUAAAGGAGAUGUGUUCAAUUAAGAGGAAAAGUAGUGUUAAAGGGAAACAAACAGUUAAGGUUAGUGAACAUGGGUCCGUUGUUUUCCAAAAGAGAAUGCCAAAGAAAUGUGAUGAUCCGGGCAUGUUCACUAUUCCUAUAACUCUUGGUGACACUAAAAUUAAUAGGGCCAUGCUAGAUUUAGGAGCCUCAAUCAAUGUGCUUCCUUAUUCUUUGUAUGAGUCCUUGACACUUGGUGAUUUGCUUCCUACCAAUGUUGUUAUCCAACUUGCGGAUAUAUCCACUUCCAUUCCUAGAGGUGUAGUUGAAGAUGUUCUUGUGGUAGUUGAUAAGUUGACUUUUCCUGCUGAUUUUUAUGUGAUAGAUAUGGAGCAUGAUAAGCAUUCGGCCCCUAUUCUUUUAGGGAGGUUGUUCUUGAAAACGGCUAAGACUAAGAUUGAUUGUGACACCUAUUCUUUGGCCAUGCAGUUUGAUGGUCAAAUCAUAGAGUUUAAUAUGUAUGAUGCCAUGAGAUACUUUAAUAUUGAGGAUCAUUCUCUCUGUGCCAUUGAUGUGUUUGAGCCAUGUGUUCAAGGUGUGUUUGAUGUCUUACGUGAUGAUGAUUUGCAAAGUGUUUUGGACUUUAGUUUGAAUGCUGAUUCUUUGGAGUUUUGUUUGCCAGAUAAUGUGCUUGAAAUUGUUGUUGAAUUGAAUGAGCUUUCCAAACUCCCUUUGAAUCCUUCAAACUAUAAGCCCAUGCCGCUUACUGUGCCUAGCACAAGACCGCUUCCUUCUGUUGUGCAGGCCCCCGAUGUUGAGCUCAAAACUCUCCCGGGGCAUUUGAAGUUUGUCUUCCUAAGUGAGAAAGAGAUUUUGCCAGUUAUCAUUUCCACAAGUUGA